CUAAUUUACCUCAGGAUGAUAGAAUAAUUAACCCUCUUGAAGCAUUAACAGAUUGUAAGACGAGAUGGAAUUCGUCUUAUUUGGCUUGGAAAAGAAUACUGGAAUUGCAUCCAGCAAUGCGUACACUAGCUGCAUCGUUACAGAAUAAACCGGAUGCAGCAUUAAGAAGAGAGGGUGAAAAACUUGAUCAAUUAUGCCUAUCUUCUGAAGAAAAAAAAUUACUUGAAGAAAUGGUUGAGGUCUUAAAACCUUUUGAGGAAAUAACAAGGCAUAUUUGUGGUACAAAAUACCCUAUGAUGAAUCUUGUAUAUCCUUAUAUUCGAAUGUUAAAAAAUAAAUAUGCUCUAAUAGCUGAAAAGAGUGAAUCU